GGCUACACAUCCACGAUUUCAUCGGCUGCAAGCUCCAACUGUAGCGAAUACUGUAGAUGACUGAGAAUUCGGCCUCCCAUGAUGGACAAGAAAAGUGCCAACGGCUUUCAGACCAAGGCCAGUGAGGGCGGCAUUCAGAGGAAGCAGCUGCCCUACUCAGUGGAGACUCCCUACGGCUUUCACCUGGACCUUGACUUCCUCAAGUAUGUUGACGACAUUGAAAAAGGCAAUACCAUCAAAAGAGUGCACAUCCAGCGCAGGGUGAAGGGCCCACCCAAAUUCAGCACGUUACCCAGAAACUUCAGCCUUCCUGGACAUGGAGUCAGACCAGUCCCUAAGGAAAAGGACAGUACAUGGUCAGGCACAUCCACCCUUGGGCCAAAGCCUAAAUCACGGGUGACAGAGGUCCAACAGAUCUUUGACUUCAGGGCAAGUGAAGGGGGAAGCUCCAGCCAAAGCAGCAGAGGCACCACCAGUCAAGGAAGUGGCUUGGUUUCACCGAAACCCAGAGAUGAAGUUGCUCGAGGCGUUGAAGACAAAAGUGUAGGGAUUCAGAGUCGGCCAAAUCUGCUCCGAGCAUCAAGCAUGCCCAUCACCCUACAGCAGCGUAAAGGUUCAGAUUCUAGCAGUCCUGAUCGCACUCUUGGAACACCUGAAAAUGGCUCUACGGAGAACAUGUUCCGCGCUUCGCCAGACAUUACUGAAAGACGAUGUGUUCCCCAAGAUCGGACAGGGCUUCACCAACAAAUUACAGUGGCUCUUAAGCGAGUCCGAGAGCUGGAAGAACAGGUCAAAACUAUUCCUGAGCUGAAGGCUCAAAUCUGCUCAUUGAGGGAAGAACGGGAGCAGCUGCUACUUCAGCUACAAGCCAAGGCUCAAGCCCAGGUUUCCACAUCAUCCUCUAAAGAAGCUGCGAGUCACGAUGCUAGGACAAAACCCCAGUUGCAAGGACAAAGGCCUCCAGGGGGGCUCAACUUACCUCUGAUGACUCAACCCACUGGAGAUUUGAGAGUUUCACAGCCUGUGCAAGCAAAACCAGUGACAAGGAAAGAGAAACAAGGUGAUAGUUCCUCAGCCCAGGGAGAUAUUGUUGAGGUGUUAGAGCAGCGAUCGGAAAAAGAAGCGCUGUCAUCAGAAAGUAUUGACAAACAUGAAGCUUCACAAGAAAAAAUACAGGAGCAUGCUGUACAAAAGCGUUCACAGGACACAUCAGGCCAAGCAGUGGCAUCUCAUAAAGUGGCUGCGAAGGAAACAGAUGACGAUUCAGCAAAAGAAAGAAAACUUGAAGACUCGGACAGUAUGCAGAAGCUGCAGGAGAAGCUAAUGAUACUGGAAGAAAAACUUACUCAGGCUAGCCAAGAGCUGGAGAGAACUAACUCUCUUCUGAAAGAGCAACUGGAAGAAAACAAGGUGAAGGAGGAGAGAAUAUUACAACUGAGUGAGGGAAUGAGAGUAGAGAUUAGCACCGCAGAAACACACAACCGGCCAAGGCGAGAGAGCAUCGACGCAGGGACAGUGACGGAGAGAGUAGAUUUUGCCAACCAGGAAACAGAGACUGACUCUCCAGGCACAGUCGACCAAGGGACAGACACAGAUAAAAUAUGCAUUGAAGUGUGUGUACCCAAGCCACGGACUGGAAGCAUAGAUCAAGGGACAGUGACUGCCAAAGUUGACACGCAUGACCAAGUGACAGAGAUGGAAGCUGGGAGUCCACCUCGACCCAGAGCCAACAGCAUGGAGCGAGGCACGAUAACUGAGAUGAUCGUAACUCAGGAUCAGACAACCGAAACACCGGUAGCAGAAAGGGUAAAUCAAGUUACGGAAACAGAAGGGGAGACGGUGACGGACCAUCCACAGAGACCCAGAGCCAGCAGUGUAGACCGCGGGACAGAAACUGAGAGGGUGGACACUGUGGACAGGGUGACAGAGACAGAGGCAGCACAAAGGACAGACCAGGAAACCGAGACGGAGAGAGAAAGACAGUCAGACAACAACCCAACCAGAGAUGUAGUAACUGAGAGUCAAGCAAGAGAAAAUGAGGACAACCAAAGAGAAGAUGUAGCUGUGAGUGAAAGUAUUGGAGAUGGGGGAGCAGAUGAAAGUGCUGAGAAAGAUAGUGAAAAGCCCAUUGUGGAAGUGUGCGCUGAGAGUUCCACUGCAGUUCCUGAAAGCAUAGUUGUACCAACGACAGAUUCAAAUGCAAGUCAGAAUGAAGGGAAGGCCAGAUCAGUUACUUUACAGGGAGAAAAUAAAAUCGAAGUGACUCCUGCAGAGGAAGACUCAAAAACUAAAGACAUUGUGCCCCUGAAAAGUGAAGAAACAGAAACUGUUGAAAUCAAACAGGAUGCUCUGGAGAUUAAAGAGAAGAAAGGAACGGGAGAAGAAGAAGUUGUGUGUGUAGCAAUUAAAGAAACUGUGGUGACUGAUACUGUUGUAGUAACAGCAGGUAGUUCAGCUUUCAAGACCGUAGCUCCCGUAAGACCACAGAGAGGCCGUAAACUCUCAGCAGAGCAGGCACAGCCGUCACCCGCUCAACCUCAGGCUAUGCCUGUGCGUCCUCGGAGAGGGUCCAGUGAAGUUGAAGCCCAGUCAAAGACCCAGCCUGACACGGCAGUGGACAGUGCACCUGAGCCUGCACCUCAGCCCACAAAGCAGGUAGUUGAACCACUGAUAAAACAAGAAACCCCACCCAAGGCAGAAGUUGAUCAAACACAGCCAAAGAAGACUCCUGAGGAGUCCCAAGAAAAACAGCCUCCAUCUCAACCUCCGGCGGACGUUCAAAAAACCCCUGCAGUCGCCAGUGAGGUCCAAGUCAGGCCAAAAUCAAUUCAAGGCAAGUCUCAAACGUCUGCGUCUCGACGUGAUUCAAAAGAGUUGAAAUCCCUACAAAAAGGUUCAAGUGUAUCACAAGGUCCUCGUCGUGGAUCAGGAGAAGUUCAGACUCGCACCACUCGUCAGGCAUCAGCUGAUCAGCCUCAGAGCACGAGGAGAAGCUCCGGUGAGACUCAGCCGCCUCCCAAAGACACCAGCGAGACGCCGUCGCUGCGCAGGGGCUCCAGCGAGGCAGGUCAGCGGCGCGGUUCAAGUGAAGCUCAGGCCUCACGCCGGGGGGACGCCGGGGAGACCCAGCCUCCUCGCAGAGGCUCCGGGGAGUCUCCAACAUCACCUGCAGCUCUGGGCCAAGUUGUGACUCGGCUAACGGGCCUUCUCGGGGAGCAGUGGGCGCAGCUGGGCAGCAGCUCUGGAGCCCAGCAGACGGCCAGCCAACAAGAGAGCCCCAGUACACAGAAGCAGACGACCGGGAAGAAAGUAGAGGCAGGAAAGGGAACUGCAGCCAAGCCUGCAGGGAAAGUAGUCUCUGCAGCCGCAACAGGAAAGCCAACAGGGAAGCCAGCAGGGAAACCAGCGGGGAAACCUGGCCCCUCCAAAAUGAGCUCGAUUCAGAGUCAGCUGGUGAGCUCUCUCAGUGUCCUCUCCGCCUUCUACUCUCCGGCCCAGAAAGCAGCCGCUGCCAGCAAACAGCAAGAACAAGCAGGUCUCAAGUCUAUUAUGAAGAAAAACGGUGUUGCCGACAAGCAGGGGAACAAGGGAACCAAGAAAAACCUGAAGUUUGUUGGAGUGAAUGGAGGGUAUGAGACGACGUCCAGCGAGGAGUCCAGCGGAGACGAGAAGUCAAAGGUGGAAUUGGAGCAGGAAGACAGCUCUGAACCAGAGGUGGAGAAGGAAAAGGAAAAAGAUCCUGAAGAGGUGGCAGAGGCCCAAGGGAAAGAAGCAGAGGAGGCAGCUGAGGGCGGAGGUGCUGCUGCUGAGGAAAAGGAGGUGGAAAGAGGCCUGCUGGAUCCAGAAGACAGCCAGGAGCUCCUGGAGGAGGGGGCUGAAGGGGAGAAAGUUGACAAGGGGUUUAUAGAUGCCUGCGUCUACGUCAAGGACCGCAUGGAAGAGGUUUCAUCCCCGGAUAAGGAAAUGCGCCAGGUCUUGGUGGUGCUUUACAAGGAGUGGUUUAGGGUCUCCAGCCAAAAGGAGUCUCAGGCAGAUACGGUCAGAUUAUACCUUCGACAUGUGGGGCUGACCACUCCCACCCUGCUGCCAUAUGUGGUCAACCUGACAGACGGCAACGGAAACAUGGCCCUCCACUACAGCGUGUCCCACUCCAACUUCCCUGUGGUCAAACUGCUGCUGGAUACGGGUCUCUGUGAAACGGACAAUGUGAACAAGGCGGGCUACACCCCAGUGAUGCUGGCUGCACUGACCGCUGCUGAGAGCGCCGACGACCUGGAGGUGGCUCAGCAACUGCUGAAACUGGGAGAUGUCAAUGCACGCUCCAGACAGGCAGGCCAGACAGCGCUGAUGCUCGCCGUGAGCCACGGCCGUGUUGCCAUGGUGAAGCUGCUCCUGGGGUGCGGUGCCGAUGUAAAUGCCCAGGACCGCGAGGGAUCCACGGCCCUGAUGUGCGCCAGCGAGCACGGACACACACACAUCGCUCAGCUGCUGCUGGAGACGGGUCGCUGCGACAUCAGCCUCACAGAUAAGAACGGCCAGACAGCUCGAGCAGUCGCUGAGGGAUCCUCCCACCAAGACAUUGUCGACCUGCUGAAGAACCACGGGCAGACCGCGGUCUCCGAGCCUGCCAAGGAUCUCCUCUGAAACACAGUCCAGCACCCCCGACCCUUCAGAUUACCACGAUGCCACCAUCCGCCAACGCAGGAGGAGGGAGAAGAAGCUGAUGAUGCCUCGGGAGACGUUCAUGUGAGAGUCUGAACCACACUGAAACCUCUGAGUCGGAGCGAUUCUUCCACCAACAUGCCCUGUGGGUGUUUAUGAAAAUGCUGCAUCAACCACUCAAGUGGACAAAGAGGGCCGGAGGGACUGGCGACAAGACAUCGUCAUGGCGACAUGUGUGACUGACAUGAUAGAAAGUGG